ACCAGUCUCCCCCCAACCGUGCUGCGGAGCGCACGUCUCACACCGGCUUAAACUUUUUUAUUUACCCCAAAAGUGCUGUGUACGUGUUUGUGACUAGGUGAUUUGCUAAGGAUUUCAGUUGUGUUAGCAUGGGAAACUAACAGAUUUGUGAUGAAAAAUUGUGUUAGACUUUAGUGUUGAAAGUAUAAUGGUAAUCUAGUGAUCAUGGAGCGGAAGUUGACUCGCGAGGACUUCAUGCGAAAGAGCUUUCGGGCACCGAGGGUAUCACCGGCCCCUGAUCAAAUCACAACGCAUAAUGGUGCACCUCCUCCAUCUCCGGUGUCAUUAGCAAUGCUAGAAAAGACUCCACAGCCCCAAAGAGCUAAAUAUGAAGUUACUUCAACUGGAAUCGCUCCAAAACGACUAGAACUUAAUAGAGCGCAUCCGAUACAUCUAAAGUCAUUCCAAGCGUCUGAAUCACCUGAGGAUAAUGGACCGACGCCACCAUCAGACGAUGUUUUACGUAAAUUAGAAAGACAGAUUGGCGAAAUGGAGCGAGGCUUGGAAAGAGCUCAGAACGGUACAGUUGAAGUUGAUGAAAGAGUACGUUAUGCGGAACACGAGAAUCUACUCCGCACUGGAGUGUCUUCUGUCGGCGGUGGGGGCUAUCUCGCAGCCGAUUCUGACACAGAACACGAUGUUGUCCCAUUCAACAGAAAUGAGACGACACGUAGUAGUACAGGAGCAACUGCACCAGCAGCGCGACCGGCCACCCGUCUGGCACGAACGAAUUCAGAUACGCAGCAACAUUCUGUGGCUGCUACAGCCCGCCUGAUGAGGAAACUGGCUGAUGGUGGCACAAAGGAUGAGAAGACUAAAGUGAUGUCAAGGAAAGCUAUUCAAGCGAGAAUGGAACAAGUGAAACGGUCAGUGGUAGGGACGAAACAUGAGCACAGAGUACUGGCUGAACAUAGAGCUGAGCCGAACGCUGCUAAAACACCAACGUCUCCUGCUUCUCAACGUUCUUCUGUGCAGAGUGCUUCGGAGACGUCUGCGGGCGCUGGGGGUGCCUCGUCGGGGGGCAGCGCCCGGGUGUCAUCACGGUCGAGGACGUCAGAGGAGCCCCACAUCGGCAAAUACAAACUCCUGAAGACGAUAGGAAAAGGCAACUUCGCAAAGGUGAAGUUGGCCAAGCAUGUGCCGACAGGUAAAGAGGUGGCCAUCAAGAUCAUAGACAAGACUCAGCUCAAUCCUGGCUCACUACAGAAGUUAUUUAGAGAGGUGCGGAUAAUGAAGAUGUUGGAUCAUCCAAAUAUAGUGAAACUUUUCCAAGUCAUCGAAACGGAGAAGACAUUAUAUUUAGUAAUGGAAUAUGCAUCCGGUGGUGAAGUGUUUGACUAUUUAGUCUUACACGGACGUAUGAAAGAGAAGGAGGCCCGCGCUAAGUUUAGACAGAUUGUCUCCGCGGUACAGUACUGCCAUCAGAAACGGAUCAUUCACAGGGAUCUCAAGGCGGAAAACCUACUGUUAGACGGCGAGAUGAAUAUAAAAAUAGCCGAUUUCGGUUUCUCGAACGAGUUCACUCCGGGAGCGAAGUUGGACACGUUUUGUGGAUCACCACCCUACGCUGCUCCAGAGCUUUUUCAAGGAAAGAAAUACGACGGUCCGGAAGUGGAUGUGUGGUCGUUGGGUGUGAUUUUGUACACUCUGGUCUCAGGUUCGCUUCCCUUCGAUGGAUCUACGCUUAGAGAGUUGAGAGAGAGGGUGCUUCGAGGGAAAUAUAGAAUACCGUUCUACAUGUCAACCGACUGCGAGAAUCUGCUGAAGAAGUUCCUCGUGCUGAACCCGGCGAAGCGAGCCUCCCUCGAGAACAUCAUGAGGGACAAGUGGAUGAACACAGGCUACGAGGAAGACGAGCUCAGGCCUUUCGUGGAACCGCAGCAGGACUUCAAGGACCAUAAACGGAUAGCGCAAGUUGAGGCACUAGUGUUGCUAGGUUACAACAGGCAAGAAAUCGAGUACUCGUUGGCGGAAGCGAAGUAUGACGACGUGUUCGCUACUUACCUGCUUUUGGGGAGAAAAAGUACAGAUCCGGAAUCAGAUGGAAGUCGAUCGGGAUCGUCUUUGUCUUUGCGGAACGCGGCAGCCCCGCCCAACUCUCAACAGCAAACGGGGAACGCGCAUGCAGGCGCGGCGUGCGGGUCUCCGUCCCACCGCGGGGUGCAGCGCAGCAUCUCGGCCAGCGCCAGGCCUGCCGCGUCGCGCCGCGCCUCUUCCGGCGCGGAGGUCUUGCGCGCGCAAGUGGGUACCACCACCAGUUCAGCAAACAACACUACGUCUACGGCGACCACAACAACGUCCAAUUUCAAAAGACAAAACACAAUUGACUCGGCUUCAAUCAAAGAGAACACGGCUCGCAUUGCUCAGAUGCAGGUACAGAACACGGCGCGGCCGACGUCAGCUCAGCCGAAGUUAGAAGCGCGCUCGCGCACGUUAACCGGACAGACGAGACGUACGCAGUUUGAUCAUGCGCACACGCCCGCUAAGUUAUCGCCUCCACAGGACACGCCCAGUGCGACGCAAACGGACGGCAAAACCGGCGCGACUAACGGGCAGACGAACGUGACGAAAACUCACGUUAAAAGCGCUUCUAUCUCUUCGAGUACCGGCGCAACGCCCUUAUCGGCUGACACCUCGCAUAACGCCUCAGCCAGGGAUUUAGCUCAGCCACGGCCGAGUAUAAAUUCAACAAUGACGACCACGGUUGGUGCAACUGGUGGUGCGGCGAAUGCAAGCGCGCGGCGAGAUUUUCCUAACCCAAUGGUUUUUCCUAGGAAUGUGCCCUCAAGGUCCACAUUUCAUUCGGGUCAAACCCGAUCUCGCGGCGGAAGCGCGGGAGGCGCUUACGGCGACGGAGGUUCCCCUCACCAAGCCCGACCUUCCUUCUUCUCGAAACUCUCCUCGAGAUUCUCGAAACGGUUGAAUCAGAACCCGUGAUGCGCGACCGGCGAACGGCGAGAGAAGAUUUCACAUAGAGGAAAUGUGUGCGGAAUUGUUAUUUUUAGUUUAUAAUAGUUAACUGUAGUUCAGCGUAUUUUAAUGUCGGUAUUCGAAGACGCGACUCGGAGGUGUUCGGCUCUCAAAACUUGACUUGAGUUAUGUCUUUGAAUAUUGCUCUUUUACUCAUUUCGUUAUAGGACUAGGAACGUACCCUUUAUUGGAACAAUAAACGGAAAAUGUUUCGUGUUUUUAUACAAUGCGUGAGAUUCACUAUUUGUUACUACGGUGGUUUUUUUUCACUUUCGCACUUCAUGAGGCAGCAUUUAAUUUUUAAUUAUGAACAUGGCUCGAUGUAAUAUUGGUGUCAAUGAUUUUGAGGUACAAAGAAUAAUGUGUACUUGUAAAAAGUAUUAUAGACAAUUAGAAGGGUCUUUUGUGCACGAAUUGGCACCAAUUCUAAUAAGUGAUUGUUAAUUUGAAGUGCAGUAAAGUGAGAUUGAAGAGAUACGCUGAACGAAAAUAUUAUUAAAAUCUUAAAAAUGUUAACAUUUUUUUUUUUAUAUUUAGAUGUAAGUUCACGUAUGAUUAACCCGUGAGAGAGUUGCGUUUAUCAUUUUUAUUUGUCGCGACAACAUUUCUGCCUAUAUUUUAUAUUAUUAGAAAAUCUUCUGUAACAACAACAUAUAUCCAAAAUAUCAUUAUCCGUUCAAGUAUUACGUAAGCAGAUUUACUGCAAUGUAUCUCUCCCCUCAACGUAAACAAUUUAAUAAUAUUUAAUAUUUAGUA